CGGGCGGUGGCAGCAUUCGGCCGCGUGCGGUUUCCCGCUUCAGCUGGCUCGGCGCUCGCUGCACCUCGGGCUGCCGGUUGAUCCUCGCCAGCCCGCUGUCUACGCGCCGUCUUGUGGUUUCGCGCGCCUCUCCUUCUCCCUAGUUUUUUGUAGAGCCCAGGCCACGCCCGUUUCCCGCCGCCAGGGCCUGGUUCGUUUCCGCCCCUCUCUGAGCCCCUGCUCCUUCUGCUGGAGGCGGAGGCUCCAUGUUGUCCCCUCAGCGAGUGGUAGUGGCUGCAUCGGGAGGAGCAGGUGAUGCUAUGGAGAGUGGAAAGCCUUGUCCAGUGCAGGUUGUUUUGGUUCAGAAAGACCAACAUGCCUUUGAACUAGAAGAGAAAGCCUUGGCCAGCAUCCUCUUACAGGAACACAUCCGAGACCUUGAUGUGGUGGUGGUGUCAGUGGCUGGUGCCUUCCGAAAGGGCAAGUCCUUCUUUUUGGACUUUAUGCUACGAUACUUAUAUUUCCAGAAGGAAGGUGGCCGUUCAAAUUGGUUGGGUGACCCAGAAGAACCGUUAACAGGGUUUUCAUGGAGAGGGGGCUCUGACCCAGAAACCACUGGGAUCCAGAUCUGGAGUGAGGUUUUCACUGUGGAGAAGCCAGAUGGGAAGAAGGUUGCAGUUGUUCUGAUGGAUACCCAGGGGGCAUUUGACAGCCAGUCCACUGUGAAAGAUUGUGCUACCAUCUUUGCUCUAAGUACCAUGACUAGUUCUGUUCAGAUUUAUAAUUUGUCCCAGAACAUUCAGGAAGAUGAUCUUCAACAGCUGCAGCUCUUCACAGAAUAUGGUCGUCUGGCGAUGGAUGAAAUUUUCCAAAAACCCUUCCAGACACUGAUGUUUCUGGUUCGAGACUGGAGUUUCCCUUAUGAAUACAACUAUGGACUACAGGGAGGAAUGUCGUUUUUGGAAAAGCGUCUACAGGUGAAAGAACAUCAACAUGAAGAAAUUCAGAAUGUCCGAAAUCACAUUCACUCAUGUUUCUCCAGUGUCACCUGUUUUCUGCUACCACAUCCAGGGCUCCAGGUCGCCACAAGCCCUGACUUUGAUGGCAAAUUGAAAGAUAUUGCCAGUGAAUUCAAAGAGCAGUUACAGACACUGAUACCAUAUGUAUUAAACCCAGCUAACUUAAUGGAAAAGGAGAUCAAUGGCUCGAAAGUCACCUGUCGGGGGCUAUUGGAAUAUUUUAAGGCAUAUAUUAAAAUUUACCAAGGAGAAGAUCUGCCUCACCCCAAAUCCAUGCUUCAGGCCACUGCUGAAGCCAACAAUUUAGCAGCUGCAGCCUCUGCCAAGGACAUUUACUAUAACAACAUGGAAGAGGUUUGUGGGGGAGACAAACCUUAUUUGUCUCCAGACAUUCUAGAGGAGAAGCACUGUGAAUUCAAAGAACUUGCUCUGGACCAUUUUAAGAAGACAAAAAAGAUGGGUGGGAAGGAUUUUAGCCUUCGUUACCAGCAGGAGCUGGAGGAGGAGAUCAAGGAACUCUAUGAGAACUUCUGCAAGCACAAUGGUAGCAAGAAUGUCUUCAGCACCUUCCGAACCCCUGCAGUGCUCUUCACAGGCAUUGUGGCUUUGUACAUAGCCUCAGGCCUCACUGGCUUUGUUGGUCUUGAGGUGGUGGCCCAGCUGUUCAACUGUAUGGUCGGACUGCUGUUAAUAGCGCUUCUCACCUGGGGGUACAUCAGGUACUCUGGUCAGUAUCGUGAGCUGGGCGGUGCUAUCGAUUCUGGUGCAGCAUAUGUAUUAGAGCAGGCCACUUCUCACAUUGGUAAUUCCACUCAGGCUGCUGUGAGGGAUGCAGUUGUUGGGAGACCAUCCUCGGAUAAAAAAGCUCAGUAGCAUCUUAACAAGAGGAUCCAACAAGACCCCGGCCAGCCUCUUCUGAUUUCUGGGCUUCUGCCACGGCCACAGGUCCAGGUCCCGAGGAACGCAGACCUGGGACCAUCUGGGAAGAGCUGAAACACGGCACUAAUAAAUGAACAGACCUUU